GAAUGGACAGACCCCACUUUAUGGAGCUUCACUUGAAGGUCAUGUGGCAAAUAGUGAGACUACUGCUGGAGAAGAGAGCUGAUGUCAGCAUCUGUGACAAGAAUGGUUGUAGUCCAGUGUAUGGAGCCAGCCAGAAUGGCCACACAGAUGUAGUGGACCUACUAGUCCAGGCAGGAGCUGACAUCCACCUGGCCACCACUGAGUAUGGCAGUGUUCCUCUGGGGAUAGCUGCUGCAAAGGACAUACUGAGACUGUCCAGAGACUGUUGGAGUUAGGAGCAAACCCCAACCACCAGAACAAGAAUGGUUGUAGUCCAGUGUAUGGAGCCAGCCAGAAUGGCCACACAGAUGUAGUGGACCUACUAGUCCAGGCAGGAGCUGACAUCCACCUGGCCACCACUGAGUAUGGCAGUGUUCCUCUGGGGAUAGCUGCUGCCAAAGGACAUACUGAGACUGUCCAGAGACUGUUGGAGUUAGGAGCAAACCCCAACCACCAGAACAAGAAUGGUUGUAGUCCAGUGUAUGUAGCCAGUGAGUAUGGCCACACAGAUGUAGUGGACCUACUAGUCCAGGCAGGAGCUGACAUCCACCUGGCCACCACUGAG